GUUACGGGCAUUCCAGCCUCAUGGUGGAUAACCAGAGGCAUGGACGCGGCAGCUGUCAGGAUCUUCAUUCCUUCUGCUUGGACUUGCUGCCAGUGUGUACAGUAGUCACUGUAUGCUCGGUGCUGGCCUUUCAGGCACUACCAGAGGUCUCAGCAGUAAAACAAAAGUUGUGGAUGGUACUUCUUAACCUUUCCAGAAACUCAGCUAACUCAUUUAGAAAUGAUCAAGAAAGCACCGAUCUAUAGCCAUCCAUUAUUAAUUCAUCACUUAAUGGAUCCAGAAGCUCGAGAAGAGACCAAAGAAGACCACGAUGACAAGCAGGUGGUCACAGAGAUUAUGGCCAGGUGUUUUGUUCCCACACGGAUAACAACCACUUCCUGGGAAGGUUUCCGUUUUGUUGGUCAUGAGAUCCGGAUUACUGAAGCCAUGGAUUGUUAUGGUGCUGUCGUUUGGCCAUCGGCUCUUGUUCUAUGCUAUUUUCUGGAAAGAAAUGCAAAGCAGUAUAAUAUGGUUGACAAAAAUGUGAUUGAAAUUGGAGCCGGAACAGGGCUAGUCUCCAUUGUGGCAAGUUUACUUGGAGCUCGUGUAACUGCCACAGAUUUACCUGACUUACUUGGAAACCUGCAAUACAAUAUUUCUAGAAACACCAAGACGAGCAAGCAUUUGCCUCAGGUUAAAGAACUCUCCUGGGGAGUAUCUUUAGAUACAAACUUCCCCAGGUCUUCAAAUAAUUUUGACUAUAUCCUGGCAGCGGAUGUAGUCUAUGCUCAUCCUUUCUUGGAAGAACUCCUUGUUACCUUUGACCAUCUGUGCAAAGAAACUACCACCAUCCUCUGGGUCAUGAAAUUCAGGCUUGAGAAAGAAAACCAGUUUGUUGAUAGAUUUAAGGACUUGUUUGACCUGGAGGAAAUUUCUAGCUUCCCUAGUCUGAAUAUUAAGUUGUAUAAAGGUACGAAGAAAAAUUGGAGGAGUGCAUGAUACCCUCGAAUGAGGACACAGAUGUGCUAAGGCAAUCUCCGGUCAAUUAUUGCUUUAAAGAAAACCCUAAUAGUCUGAUUACCAUGGACUUUCUCAAGGGGAGACCAACACACAUUCCCUCGCUCUCUCUCUCUCUCUCUCACACACACACACACACCACUAUGAAAAUAAAAGGUAGUUCUCCAAAUUCACCUUACCCAAUGCAGGGCUUUUCUCAAAUACCACACAUGGGUCUGCAGGACUGGGGGUAACCUGCUCCCGGUCUAUCUCCAUCAGCACUCCAGCCAUCUUUUAUUUAAGUGGCCGUGGACACUUUUGUCAAAGUCAACCAUGUGGUCAUUGUCUACUCUUCUGAUCCCUGUAUGGCAUCAUCCAUUAUUAUCAUUAUUUUCUUGCAAGAAAGAAAGAGAGAGGAAGAGACAGGUAUUUUUGACAGGAUCUCACUGCCUUGCCAAACC